AUGUUUGCUAGAUUGCAUGGUAAGAAACAAAGGCCAAUUUCUUCCAUCAAUUCUCAAACUCCAAGAACCAGCAAUACUACGCACGCAAAUAGUAUAUCCUUAUCAUCAGGAAAUUUGAUAGUAGGCUCAAAUAAAAACUUGAGGGAAAAAGGCGACCAGUUUAACUCUCAACUGAGGUCUUCUAAUAGGAAUAUAACUUCAGAUAACAAAAAUAAUGGCAAUUCCACUAACGACGAUGAUGAUUACAAUGGGAUAGAACAACCCCAUCGCCAUCAGAGCCCAGGACUGAAAACAAGGACACACCAAGCUGAGUUAGGCUAUCACGAGUCCAGAUUUUCAGACAAUUUGGUAAUGUUAAACCUAAUCGAAUUCCCAGAUAUAAAACCUGGCAAUCUAGUAGAACUGAAAACCUACCAUAAGGAUCCAUCUCCAUCAAAUCGAGAUAAGAAAAUUUAUUUUAUCGCCAAGGACUUUGACCAAGAAACCAAGAGAAGAGCGAAGACGUCUAAUGUUUCGGUACUUUCGGGUCAAUUACAAACUCUAUUAGAUUUACCUUCCAGAUCUAAAAUAUGGAUAAAAUUAAAACCGAACAAAGUAGACUUACAAGUAGACGUGGUUGAAUUCAAUAUUAAGGACUGUUUAUUGAAUAGAGGUGAUAUGUGGUUUUUAUCAUCUAAAAUCGUUGAUACAUGUGUUUUUAUGGACCAAAAACUGACAUUCCUAGAUUCUAUUAGAGGCACAAUCAAGGGGAUUUAUCGAAAUGGUAAAAAAAUUGUCUCUGGAUAUAUUGGUGAACAAACAAGAAUAAUCUUCAGAUCUGAGUCUGCUAGGCUGAUUUUUUUGAUUCAAAUUACAGACGAAAUGUGGAAUUUCGAAGAAACUGGUGAACAGUUAUUUCAAAAGAUGGUCAAUUCAUUUUUCCCCAAGAUUUUUAAAAAGUGGAAAGACAUAGAUACUCAUCAUACUAUUACAAUAGCGUUUGCUAUAUCAAUGGAUCUAUCGGAUACUUCGUUCAGAGACCUAAAACCCGGUGAGUCUUUGAAAAAUUCAAAGGAUUAUUUUAGAAUAGUUGUAGAUCAAGUCAGUAUUAUUCACUGGGUUGAUAUUAUGGAAACUUUAAGGAAGGAAUUCAUGGAAAUCAGAAAGGAUUUGUUGAACAAAAAAACGGAUAAAGGUUACAGCAUAGCUAAGGGGAGAUUUUCCCCUGUAAUUAAAUCAAACUUUCUCGAACUGGUUAACUUCGCCACAACAAUCUUAACAGAUCCGUUUAAACAGUUGGAUUUAAGGCAUACCACUACACAUGUUAUGAUUAUUUCUCCAGGAUCUGGGUUAUUUGAUGUUGAUUAUAGUUUGUUGAGACUAACUGGGAAGAAGUUACUAUCUCUUGAAAUGACAAUGGAUUUAAUUUGUCUUUCAAAGGCUCCACUACACAUCGUACCUCUUUUCAGGUAUCGAGAUUUUGAGAAUAAACUCCAUCACUGCGUACCACUUUGGCUAAGUGUAUUUUUUUGGAACGACCAUGCUAAAAAGAAUAACUCAGAAUGGACUCCAAGGUGUAAAAUUUAUGACUUGCAGAUGAUGGGGAUUACAGAAAAUGAACUUAUACAGGAGGUUGACGUCGAAUAUUUACAAUUGAAUAAAAAAGUAAAAUGUUUAUCAGAAUUUAUGAAUGAUUAUGAUGAAAAUGCAUUUCAGCUCAAGAUUUUACCCGCUGAUUCAAACAAAAAACUGUCUAAUAAAUCAGAUUUAAAAUUCGAUACCGUAUUUGAGGACGAGAUUGUUGUAAAAGGGAAAAAACUUCAGGCAACAACAACUACUACUCAUGGCAAUACAAGGUUUAUAUGGAAGGCGCCCAAAUUUGCUAUUCCGGUAAUAAAGGACGUACAAAAACCAAACGUAAUACCAGAUCUGUCAAUAAAAACGAUAGAGACUUCUCCCUACGAUGAAGCGAACACUACAAAUGAUAUUAUUAACACUCCCACUUUUACUAACAACGAUAAUACUGAAAUAAACGACUCACUGGCCUCUGUAAGAUCCGCUGAUAACCAAAAUACAUCUUUAGCGCUGGAUUCGCUGAAAGGGCUAAGUAAGAGAAACUCAUUAAAAGAUUUUACUCAAAGAGUUAUAACGAAAUUCAUCUCUAAUAUGGAUGUAAACAAAUGCAAAGAAUCAACUCCUGUAACAACUAAAGAUGGAAUCAGCAACUCAACCAUAGAUAAAAGCACGCCAGCACUACUUUCUUCUGAAAGUAAGACAGGUAAUAUUAGAUUACAAAGUAAAAGCUUUAUGAUUGACAGUAACAUCAACAAUCGCGGUAAUUUGAUAAUCAAGAAAAACCUCUCCAUUUUUGGAGUGCCUGAUAAGGAGACCAUAAGUGGCUCUCCGUCUUCAUAUUUAGAAUCAUCACAUACCAGGACUUCCUCCAGAUUUUCUACCGUGUCUGAUAAAACCCCAUUCAUUACAGAGGGACAGAAGUUUAAAUCUGAUAAUUCCAAUGCUUUUAGCCUUUUACAGCGAUUUAGGCAUCGUAUAAAUGAAACUUGGGUGGACAUUAAAAGCCCCUCAAUUCCUGUCAGCAAUGAAUUUGCCAAUGACUUGUUACCUUUACGCUGGAAAGAUGUAUGGCCAAAAUAUGUGGCGAAAAAAUAUAGUAAGUGGAGAUCCUUCACAACUCCGGCAGAAUUACCGAUCACAAUUUCUGAUUUCCCAUCAAAGGAUGAUUUUGAAAGGAACUUCAUCUUUAGAAAUCAUUCAGUCACUUUGAAUAGUGAUCAGGAACAAUAUAAUCAAACCUACAAAGAUUUACUACGCGAUAUGAUUUAUAUGCGAUUACUGACUGGUUUCCAAAUCUGUGUUGGUGAACAAGUAGAAAAAAUUGAACUAUCUAGGGAAAACGACGAAAGUGAAACGGUGGUUAAUAAAUAUUUGGACUUCAACAAAUACAAAACCUUCAAGCUUUAUCUGAUGAUUGACUCCGAAAUACACAGAAUAACAUGUGGAUCGAGUGGUAUAAUUGAUGUGGAAAGGUAUCUAAGAAAUGAUGAGGUAAACUUGUUUGAUCAAGUUCCCAGUUACAUUCCUUUAGUUAAGACGAGAUAUGAAAACUCAUUUCGUGAUGCAAUGAUUGAUCCCUUACAUGUCAAGAGAGAAUCUUUGAAUUGGAACCAAAUUGACCAAGUUCUAGCGGGAUAUGGCGACUAUUUAAUGGAUAGGAAAUGGCACGGAUUUAGAGCCAAAUACGUGGUGUUACCAACAGAUAUCCCUCCUAACACUUAUUCUAUGGUCAUCAAUGAUAAAAAUGAAACCUUAAACCCUGAAGAAAUUAGAGUAGAAGGAUUAAGGAGGUUAAUUGGUUCAAUCACUAGGGCAAGACUAAGGACGGAAAAGGAAAAACAAGUAAAGAAAACAAAGAGAGAAGAAAUUCAACCCGAAGUUAUGUUCUACACAGGUCCGCUAUACAACUUUAUUAACGAGCAACAGACAUCAUUGGAAAGCUCAACUAUAAAUUUCAAGGAUUCAAUUUUCGUUAACGACAAUAAUCUUUUGAAUAAAAGUGUUGAAUUAUCGAAGCUAGCGUACCAAAUACAACGUGGUGAAAAUCGCAUAACCUUAGUUAAUAGAAAGUGGCACUGGAAAAAACAUGAUAGAUGCUUUGUCGGUUCAGAGAUGGUUAACUGGUUAAUAAGAAACUUUUCUGAUAUAGAUACUAGAGAAGAUGCAAUUAGAUACGGGCAAAAAACGAUGAAGGAGGGACUGUUUGUUCAUGUCUUGAAUAAGCAUAGUUUUUUGGACGGGCAUUACUUUUAUCAAUUCUCGCCUGAAUACAGGAUGGACACAAACAGGCUCGAGAAAAUAUCUUCGGAUCGCUCUACGUCGUCUGAUCCGAAGCAAAUACUGAGAAAAGCAUCUACCGGUAGCUCAAAUGAUCCAGGCGCUAUAACACCAUUCUCUACAGUCGUACCUGCUAUAAGUGCGUCAAACGCUUCCGUUGCUGACACAAAUGAAUCAUCACGCCCGAUCUUAAUGUUGAGUAAUUCUCUUGUUAUAGAUGUCGAUCCCGCCGGCAAAUCUUCCAAACAAGAAUCAUGUACUGUACACUAUGAUAGAGUUCAUAAUCCCGAUCAUUGUUUUCAUAUCAGAUUAGAGUGGUUAACUACGACCCCUAAAUUGAUUGAUGACUUAGUGGGGAACUGGUCCAGGCUGUGUGAAAGGUAUGGUUUGAAAAUGAUCGAAAUACCUUGGGAAGAACUUUGUACAAUCCCAUCUGUUAAUCCAUUCCACUCUUUUGUUGAAAUUAAGCUAGCUAUCAAUCCUUGGGAAGAUCCUGAGUUCAAAGAUAGAGAGCUUUUUGCUAAAAGUAAAUUUUAUUAUCAUGUUUAUCUUCUGAAGGCAUCAGGAUUUUUAUUAGAUAACAGGGCAUCCAAGUUUCUACAAAGCCAAGAUAUAGAAUUUGAUAUCAUGUAUUCAUGGGGGAAACCGCAGUUCAAGUACGUUCAAUAUAUCCAUCAUACUGGUGCUUACGUUGCAGAACUACGAGAAAAUGGUUGCCUCUUUUUAGCCCCUAACAAUGUUUAUAUUUCUAGGGUGAAUCCGGGAAACAUAAUUGGGAAAAUCCAUUCUUCCUCAAGCUCUGCAUUAGAUGCUCAAAAAGUGAUCCUUGAUUUCAAAUCAACUUGCUUAGAUUACCAGAAACUAAGAUCAAUUUUCUUGGAUGCAAAGGAAACGUGGAUUACAGGAAAGAUCGUAGAGGAAUAG